AUGUCUCCAAAUAAGACUCUUGCUCAAAUGCCAGAGAGUGGACGUAAGAAAGAUAAAUUUAGAAUUACUGUGAUGUUAACAUGCAAUGCUCUGGGGACAGAGAAAAUAAAACCUUUGACUAUUGGAUCUGUUGCUAAACCUCAUUGUUAUAAACAUGUCGAUAUGGACUCUUUCCCACACAUCAAUUAUUUCUUUAACAAGAAAGCAUGGAUGACUCGUGACAUUUUCAAACAAUACAUGCUUGGUCUCAAUGCUAAAUUUGAAGAUGAAAAUCGUAAGAUUUUGUUGCUGAUGGACAAUGCUACUCCUCAUGACAUCGAGGAAUACGAAGAUCGGCUAACACAUAUUAAGGUUCAUUAUCUUUCGCGUAAUAUGGCAUCACAUCUUCAACAAGUUAAUGCUGAUGUCAACCCCAAUGUUAAUAGUGAAAACUUAGAACUUGUUGAGGAUGUUAUCAGUGUGUCAUCACUUAUAGCACAAAUCCCAUCUCAUAACACCAAUCAAGCAAUGGAUGCUACUACUUAUAUGGAGUUUUACGCAACACUUCCAAUCCUUGAAACUUACAUUGAUGAAGAGAUUAUUGCACAAGUGAUUAGAAUGGAAGAACAAGAGACAUCAGAUACAGAAGGUGACAACGAAAGUGUUGAUGAAGAGCCUCAACCUGCUGCUACUUGGGAUGAGAUAGAAGAGUCAGUUGUUAAGCUCUGA